AUUCGUCGGCGCAUUGUCAAACCUUCCAGUCGCAUUUGGAGCCCCAAGCUUUCCGAGAUUUCAGAGCGACUCGUCACUAAACAAAGGUCCAAGAAGCGCGAGGGGAGAAGAAAGAGUUUAAAAGGCGAAAAAAGAAAAAGAAACAUCGACGAAGACGAAGACGACAAUACGAAUUGUACAAAUCGGAUGCGAGCGCGAGUGUGUUAGUGUCCAUUCAUUCAUUCGAGAACAAUAAAAAAGAAAUGAAAUACAAAAUGCAAUUGCCGCAGUUGCAGUCGCAGUCGGCGUCGCAGUAGCCGUCAGCAGAGGCAGCGGCCGAGGCAGAACAGUAGCAGCAGCAUCGAAAUCCGAAAGAGAGAUCAUUUUUCAUAUGCGAAUCGAAACUCGAAGAGCGCGCAUCAAAGUCAAAUUCAAACGGCGAAAGAGUAACGGACAACAGCGAAUUGUUUAGUGCGCAUAAUAGGAACGAACACAAAAAAAAAAACAUAACAAAAAAAAACCAAAUAAAAGGAAUAUAAAGCCUUAGCAGAACGUAAUUGAAAUCAAAUUAAAGGCGGGCCGUGCAAAAAUCCACAAAACAUCAAGAAAAGGCCAUAAAGCCAGGGCGAUAAAAAAGAAAUUAUGCUCCAUUGUGCGAUUGUGUGAAAAGGUCAAGUGCCCGGCAGGCAAAGGGAAAAGCGAAAGAGACAGAAGAUUGAAGACAGAAGACAGCACAAGGCACUGGAGCUUAAUGUUAAUAGGCAAACGAAUGAACUCGUAAAAGGGCGAACGGCUGAGUGAGAGAGAGAGGGCAACACAUCGACACAUCGCCUAACAAGAACAAGAAGAGCAGGAAGAAGAAGAGCCGGCCAGGCCCAAAUGACCGCAAGAUUACCGUUAAUUCGAGCAGCUUGAGCGCCAUUACGAGCACUUAUAUUAUCAUCUCCCUGGCCGACCAAGGAAGAGAAAAACUUUCCUCCAGCGUCAGCCGCAGACGCAUAAAAGUUUGCUACUAUUUCGAUUUCAAUUGUUAACGAGCGAAAGCGCCGCACGUCUCAACAACACGCACACGCAGCCGAUCCGAGCAGCAAACAACAAAUCAUCGCGCAACUAAUAGGAAAAGUGCAGCAGACAGCAGCGAAAAUGCACCACAAACAGCAUCAGCAUCAGCAUCCCCCCGCCCCAAAAGCCUCCCAAGCACAGGCCCACGGUCUUGGCCAGACUCCGAGCCAGAUCGAGAGAUGCAGCCAUAACCACAGGCCCAGUCUGGGCCUCAGCUUUGGCGGCUCCAAGAGCCAGCGACAGCUGUUUGGCGCACUCUUGGCCAUGUUCACGUUGGCGGCAUUUGCGUCAACCGCCAGUGGCGCUGUGACGGACUCCCCCAUCAAGAUUAUCCGGCUGCCGGCGCAGGCGCCAGUUAUCCGCUAUCGCAGUGCAGAUGCGGCGCCGGACUCCUUGCUGAUCAACUACCGCCAGGAUGCGCAGCCGGAGCUGUCCUCCACAUUGAUGCAGGCACCCGGUGCGGCGGCGGCUGCCUUGGAGUCGCUGCUGCGCGAGGAGAUGGAGCAGCAGCAGUUGGCACAGAUGGGCAGGCGGAAUAGGGCCAGUGCCACCGGCACCGGCAACUGUCCACGAUCCUGUCCACCGAGCAUCACCGUGGGAGCAGAGCCCGUGUGCGGCAGCGAUGGUCUGAUCUACGCGAAUAUCUGCGAGCUGCGCAAGAAGACUUGCUCCCGCAGCGGAGUGUCGCUGAUCAAGGACGUGCGAGAUGGCUGCGAGAGGUCGAAGGGUUCGGACUGCAAGCACCGCUGCAGCACCGAAAAGGAUCCGGUUUGUGGCACGGACGGAAGGACCUAUUUGAAUCGCUGCAUGCUGAGGGUGCAAUCGUGUCGCGUAGGAUUGGCUGCCGUGAAGCUCUCGCAUGUGGGUCCUUGCAGCAAUACGAGUGCCGUUCGCGAGUCCUGCCCGGUGGACUGCAAUAGUGCACCGAAGGAUGGACCAGUUUGCUCAUCGGAUGGCAAUGUGUACAACUCCACGUGCGAGAUGAAACUGAAAACGUGUGGACAGGGUGUGGUGAAAACCAGUCGGAAGCACUGCCAGUCCACCCGAAUGUGCAGGGAAUCCUGCUGGCGUGUGGCGAGGCCCACAUGCGGUUCAGAUGGAAGACUGUAUGCCAGUCCCUGUAAAAUGCGCUCCUCUAAUUGCGGCAAGCACGUCUUUGAGGUUCCCUUGUCCUACUGCAUGUCGCAGGAGAGGCAUGGUGCAUCCGAUGCCUGCCCCACGGAGUGUUCCAAAUCGGAAACGGAUUCCUCGUCGCAGUACGUGUGCGGCAGUGAUGGUAACAUUUACUCUUCGCUCUGUGAACUGAAAAUGCUGAACUGCGGUCCACAGCGUAAGUCCAUACAGAAAGUGAGCAUGGACAAGUGCAAGAAUCGACUGACUCGCUGCAAACAGCUGCCUCCUUGCAAGGAUUUCAACAGCUUGUUCGGUUCCAUCUUCAGCUCCAAGCGAAAUGACAAGCUCUGCGGUACGGACGCCAAGACUUAUAACAAUGAGUGCGAACUGGCCCACGCCACCUGCCUACGCGGCGUGAAUCUGGCCCACAUUGGACCCUGCACGGAUCUCAAUUCGCCCACCAAGGAUUGCGGGGAUGCCUGCACCCGGGCGGAUUUGGAACAGCAGCCAGUGUGCGGUUCGGAUGGCAACACCUUCGCCUCCAUGUGCGAGUUCAAGCGGCGCACUUGCGACCUCCGUGUGGUGCCCGUUUCGCUGAAGAAUUGCGCUUUAACAGCCGACUGCGAAUCGGAUUGUGAUGCCCAGCCGCCAAGUUUCGUCUGCGGAUCGGAUAAUAACCUGUACAAGUCCGAGUGCCACAUGCGCAAGGAGAACUGUGGCAAGCACGUUUUUGUGGUGCCACUGAAACGCUGCCUCGCCGCCUUCCAGCUUAAAGGAUGUGCCCGCAUCUGUCCCAGGGAAUUCGAGCCUGUUUGCGGCAGCGACAAUAAGACGUAUCUGAACGACUGCUUCCUGGAGAUCGAAAACUGCAGGGCGAACCAGACGGUGAACGUCAACUACUACGGCGCCUGUGGCCGCCCCGAAGCACCAUCCACUAACUUCCUUUACUAGGACGUUUGCGUGGCGCCUUCAUUUCACUUGGCAUUUAAUAUUUGUAGGCUAUAGUCUUGUAUUGUACUUUUUUAAAACGAUAUUUAUUGAGUUUGAAUUAAAGCCCCCAACGAACUUACAAGGAA